AUGACCCCGGGGGAGAAUGAUGAUGAAGGUGUAAUGUGGCCUUCUCCUGUUCAUCAACUCGAACGUCAUUCUUCCGCAGUUGAUGUUACGAAUCAACCUCACUCUUUAGGCCAGCAGUUUUGCUCAGCAUCUUCUGCUGAUUGUCAGUCUGUUCAGCAGACCUCAGAGGAUUCCAGUGACCCGGCACAGCAUGUGUUUUUCUCAGCGGUGAUUACAGUCUAUUUCCUAGGUUCAGACUACUCCAGAAGAUCAACAGUCUAG